CUUACUACUAGGGUGACGAAUGGACUUGAGAUUCGCACCAAAAUCCCGACCGAUUUCGGCGCCAAUUCCAAAUUCCUACAAAAUCUCUUCUUCCUUCGGCUGCAAACUUGCUCCUGCUAAUCAACUUGUAAGUUUCACUCCUUAUUUCACUGCUUCAACUCAUAGAGUUUAUACUUGUGUGAGAAAGGGUUCCAUGGCUUGGUGGGAGGGUAUCAAUGAAGUUCGUGUUCUUAUUGCACCAGAGCCUUCAAAGGAUGGGAACAAGGUAGGGCAGCUAUUAUCUCUUCAACAUCCCAAAUCUGGAAAUGCAACAUGCUACAUUUGUGUUGAUGGAGCUCUUCAAGAACUUCACUGGUUCAAGCAAUCUUAUGGGUCUUGGUUCCUUGGGGAUUAUGUGUGUGAAGAUAGCCGAUUAUAUACUGCAACUCCAGUGGAUCCAGUUUUUGUUCUGUUACCUAUUUUCGAAGAAGCAAGAAUGAAGAAAAAGGAUGAUCUAGGAAAGUUUAGGCAAUUGGAUGAAAUAACUUAUGUCGUAGGCUAUCCUGGAUAUCAGCAUCUUUCUUCUGUUGCUGAGAACUGCAUGCAAGUGGUUUGUGAUGUCAAAGAUAUCGGAAACACGAAGUUUUACAGGCUUAAUGAUGAGAAGGUGCUAAAAUGGUUAUGCUUCAAGGUAAUCCAAUUAAAGAAGACUUUGUUGACAUUGGAUAAGAACUACGCUGCUCGAGAUAAGAAGGAAAUAUUAUCGGAUGCAGUAUCAAUAAUUGGAGAGUACUUGAAGGACGAGCCUUGGUUGAAGCUCCUCUGUGGCAAAUUAAGCAUAGAUUUGCAAGAUGACACAAAUUUAUCAAAUUCUGAAUUACAUUCAUCACCAAUGGAAAAUGGUUUUGAGUCCUUCAAUCACGAACAGGGAAAGAGUGAAGACCGGGAAAAGACUAGUAAGAGCAAAAGACAGACUAAAAAGGCCAAAGUGGAGACCAACUCCCUAAAUAUCAAAGACAUGUUUAGUAGGGCUACUAGGAGGGGAAGAUGAAGUUAUGAAGCAGCAGGGCACCAAUCAGACAUAAGAGGCUUCUUGGAGCAAGUUUUCAGAAAAAUGAGGGACAUUUCAAAUGUGAUUGAACAGGUUUGGCUUGUCGAUUAUGAAGCGGAUGGCUUAGUUUAUGACCUGGUGUUGUUGCUGCUGUAAAGAGGCUGCAUCUGUAUCGUCUUUACUGUCAAUGCUUCUUAGUUAUGCAUGAAGUCAUGUCACUAACAUAGCGUUUCAUUGUGUUUGGUAUUUAUGGUGUACCAUAUGUAUUCAUCACUUCUACCUGCUUUGCAAAAGCAGUUGUAAAUGCUAAGUUAUUGCCUUGAAGGCAAUCUAAUUUGUGUGUUUUUGCUUCUGAGA